AUGGCUGAUAUCCCCUCCAUCGCAACCAUACUAGAAUACGACCCUUCAACGGGAACCUGGAGAUCACGCCGCUUGGACCUAUUGGGUCAGAAUGUAACCCUACCAGAAGUGUGCUUCAUCUUCCUAAAAUCGAGCAACUGGUGGGAGAAAGGCUGCUCGGAGGAAGACCGCAAAAAGAUAUUAUUGCAUUUUGAUGCGCCGGAUAUUCUUAGCAGCAAGACAUUCGCCAAGCUCAAUGGCUACUGCGGUUCUAGGAGCUCUUUUUCGGGAGAUGAGGAUAAGAGCAAGCUUGAUAGUCUCAGUGCGUCUUCCAGCGUGUGGUUCAAAAUCCUCACCAAGAGAGUUCUGGAGCAAGAGGAAAUGCAAGAAUCAGAAGAUGGAAAGGACUACAAGUGGUAUGAGAUGAGUUUUUUCGCGCGGUGGAAUAGCUCAAGCGACCGCAGGGUCUUGUGCAUCGGUGCAUCACCAAAAAUGAGUGCUACGCUUGAGACCGUGCUCACAGUGACUUCUUCGCCGCCACCGACCUUUGAGUCGCAAGAUCCCCUUGCAAUGCUUAAACCCCUGUUCGACGAGGUCAUCAAAUUAUGUGAUGAUAACACAUGGGCCGUGACAAAGAAGGUUCGGGAUGUUGAACUUAACAGAAAGAGAAGAUGCGAGUUCGAUAAACUGCGCAACCUAGCACGACACACAGGGCACAUUAUAGAAGUCGAACAGGUAGCCAUCGAGACGAUGGAGCAGCUUCUUUCUCUGCAAGAAAGCAAUUUCAAGUUCCUGGAUAAACUCACAAAGACAUACAUGGUGCAAGCGAGGGAAUACCUAGCGUUUCAGUUGCAGGCGAUGAAGAGCUUGAGAUGGCGUGGGCAGUCGACGCAUGACCGGCUGGAAGAGGAGAUAAACCUGGCCUACAACAUGCUUGCGAGUUCAGACAAUGCAGUCAUGAAAUCGAUUACCCUUCUCACGAUGAUAUUCUUACCAGCGACCUUCAUAUCGGCACUCUUUAGCACAACGUUCUUCUCAUUCGAAGAGAACGGGUGGCAGUUUUCGCCGAUGUUCUGGAUCUACUGGGUGAUUGUUAUUCCUUUGACUAUCACUGUAGUUCUGGGCUGGUGGUGGUGGAUUGGUGGAUCGUAUGAGGUUCUCCGGGACCGCUGGCUGCACGCUAGCGAUCCUAAAGGUCCUUUGUAGUGAUAGUCUAUUAGUGGUGGCAAUCUCUUUCCCCUGAUAAUAGAGAACAUCACUCGCAUGAUCCCGGUCGCACUAGGCCGCUAUCGCUAUUCUAUGAAUACUCUGUCUCUCUCUUCCUCAAG